AACGCAUCCAGUGGCUUACUGCAGGCAGUCCAUGAAGAUCUCAAUGGUUCGCUGGAUCACAUUGACAGUAAUGGAAAUAGCAGUCCAGGCUGCUCUCCUCAGCCUCACAUACAUUCUAUCCAUGUCAAGGAAGAACCAGUGAUUGCAGAGGAUGAAGACUGUCCAAUGUCAUUGGUGACAACGGCAAAUCACAGUCCAGAGCUGGAAGAUGAUAGAGAAAUUGAGGAAGAGCCUUUAUCUGAAGAUCUGGAAUAAAAGGGGACUUGAGAAACCUCAAAAUGAAGGGACAUAUCACUGACCUUCAGAACCACUCCGCAACCAUGAAUAUUUGACAAAUUUUUACUGUGACUAUUUAUUAAGCAUGGAUAAAGAAGAACAGCCCUAAAGGAACUUGUUAAGCCAGCCCUUUGGGACCCAGUAACAACAGGCAAAUUGCUUGUUUUUUCUUCUUUUUCAUCUUUUUUUUUUCCUUUUUCCUUUUUUUUAAAGAUAAACUGAUUUUCUUGAGAAAAAAAAAACAAAACUGUUCUUUAUAUAAUGGCUUGCCCAUUUAAAAAAAUGUGGCUCUUAAGGGUUCAUGAAAUGACUGAAUAUGAGGAUACAUGUUCUGUAGAAAGCAAAUGGGCCUCAUAUACUGCCAAAAAUAGUAUUAGUUUCAUUAAUGUGAAUUUCCAGCAUACAGUAGUUGUAAUGUUAGAAACAAUUGCUGGUCAAGUUCAACUUGUUGCUAUUGUUUUUAAUUUGCACAGGAGUAGUAUCAGAAAUUAGUGUCACUGCUUGUAUCUAGCUGAAUUUUAAACAACAGAACAUUAGUUUUUUAUGUUGGUGCCACCAACUGUAAAUGACAUAAGUUAGUUAUUACAAACCACAGUAAUUAGACUGUUGCAACCAUCUAAAAACCUUUAGGCUUCCAGUCUGUGCUGUUAGUGUUAAGAUGUAAAGUGCAAUCCUAAGCUAACAUUGUCUGUGCAAGCACCAUAGAAACAUUUGCAUAUCUGCAUAUAUCUUACAACUGUACUCUUUACCUCCUUGUGAUAAAGCUUUGUCUACCUGCAAACACAGUCAAAGGCUACAGCUGCAAACCAAAGCCAACUCUAACAAUGGCCAAUAGCUCAACGACAGAAGCAGCCACAUGCUUUGGUCAGCCUUCUGUAACUUUAAUUAGUACAAAGGAACCUUUCCAUGAACUACCUGCUGUUUUCUGAUGACCUCUGGGAUCUUUUCAUUUAGCCCUUUACAAAGAAACAAAUAUGAAAAAGUCAAUUCAUUCACAGUGUAAUCUUCUGAGGCCAAAAGUCAAUCUAAAUGCAGUGAAGAUUUGCUUUCAUUUAAGACAGAGGUGAGAACAAAGUCUGCAGUGGAAGUUACGAUAGAAAGCAACAAAUGUGGAUCACUGACCAAAAUAAUUAUGUACUUGAUGCAAAUGCAGAUUGCAUAUUGUUAUAUAUAAUACAUUAUGUUUUAUUUUUUUCUCAUUCAGUCUGUUUUUUUCUGUGGUGAAUACAUGUUGUUAGAAGAUGUCUUGUAUGGUCUUACUCUUUGUUGUGUACUAUUUUUUAUAGUCUUAAGUUAUAAUGAAAAGAAAAAAAAAAGUAGGAACCAAACAUAAAAGGUCUAGUAAAGCCAAAAAUUAAUUUCAUAUUGAUUUAAAGUGAUCUAGGUGAGUUUUUACACUGAAAGCAAAGAUAUAGCAAUUGUAGUCCAUGGUAUUUAUUUUCAGUCAAACCAAAGUUACAUAUAAUUCUGCCUCUGCUUAUACGGGAUAUUAACACUAACAAUACACUCCCUUUGGAAGACUUGCACAGGCCAAAUUGUUGGAAUGCUGGUUUUCUUGACAACUCCAAACCCAAAAAUAUGAUAAUGCGUUAUGGUGUAGUUGAAAAUAGCAUAGUCAGAUGUUUGCUUAAAACCUAGAAACUUUACGUGUUGCUUUUCAUGUGCUGUGCCAAGUCUUGAUAAUACUUUUUCCCCCAACCAAGGGACCUCAUAACCUGAUUAUGGUUAUUGCUUUACAAACAGUUUUUGACAGAAGGUGGCUGCUAGAGCUUAACAUAUGUACCAGUUCCAUGUGAUGGUCCUGGUUCUUGCAAACUAAGCUCAUCAUUUAUUCUUUGCUGAAGUCAGCAAAUAGACUUAAAGAUAUACACAGUCAUCUAUCACGCCAAAUAAAAGGACAUAACGGCUUUCGAAAGGGUUUUCCCACUUACCCAAAAGGCUUUCUGAAAGCUUCUACCUCUGCAAAAGAAAAAAAAAAGAAAAAAAAAAAAAAACAAAAACAAAAGAAAUUAGAACAAUUAUGGCAGAUUGCAUGAAUUGUGAGAACGUCACAGUAACUGCUACUUUUCAUUAUGUUUGUCUUUGGGUCAUGAUCAACAGAAGGUUUACGGUAAUUACAUCAAGAGAAGGAUUCACCUUGUAAGAGAUUGUUUUCAGUCGAUCAGUCGUCUAAGAUUGUGAUGUGAGGAUUACCUGAAAGGGAAUGAUGGGUGUUCCGAGUGCA